AUGGGCCACGAGAUAUCGAGACCUACGGGUGAGCCAGCCUCAUUUGCUGGUGGCCCUACAGGUCUCUUCACUUUACCGGAGCAAAAGCCAAAGAAGCCCCGGAAUCAGAGGCAAAAGAAGAUGAGGAAUCGACGCGCCCAGAAAGAUGAAGGCCCUACGGAUCUCGGCGCCCGUACGCACCCCUCCAUACCUAUGCUCUGUCCAGACUGGGUAUGGUCGACCAUGUCCAACGUGAGCGUAGCCAAAGACCGCGAAUGGUUCACCACCUACACCCCCUUCGACUCGACCGUCUGCGUCAGCGGCCAAAGCCUCGCCGUCCGCGGCGUCGGCACCGUCAACCUCAACGUCAAACGCCACCCAGCGCGCACCGGUCGACAAAACCAGGGCAUUUUCUCUCUCCGAACGGUCCUGCACGUGCCCGACGCGACCUGCAAUAUCCUCGCCAAGAUCCCCAACAUAGAUGGACAGUCCUGCUCCGUCUACAUCUUCCCAGCCAGGGGCGAAAGCAGGAGUUACUCGGUCAUGGACGGCGAGGAGGUGGAAGGCCACCACAACCACAUUGGGCAGAGCCAGAAGCAGCAGAGGCAAGGAGAGUUGAUGAAGGGCUGCAUCAAAGAUCACAAGGGCAAGAUGGUAGCCUAUUUCGAUCCCGACCACGUGCUAUUCGCGCUGAAACUGAGCGGGCCGCCGAUCGGACCGAUAACGCGGCAGUCGGUGCUCAAAGCGAGGCCCGAAAGCUUGCCUAUCAGCAUCUUUGCGCAGUGGGCCGCUGACGAGCUGGAUAAGUGGAAUUUGAAGCGGGAGAUGCAGAAUUUGCUUGCGGACAGAGAUAUGGAUCAUGGAGAUAGCGGCGAUGACGACGAUUAUGCCAGCAGUGCGACGCUCGGUACCACCGAUGAUGAGGAGGCCGAUCCGGACUUCGGCAUCGGCAAUGACGGCGGCAAUAAUGUCGGUCCUGCUGGUGGUCCUGGGAGGCCGAAGGAGGCUGUGGACAGGCAUGGCUAUACGAAGGCGGAGAAGGCCUUCAUCAAGUCCCACUUCAAGAAUGAGUGGAAAUUCCUGCACCUGUACGGGCUCAACAUAGAUAAGGAUAAGGACAGGGAUUUGGGAAGGGAUAUUCUACGGGCGAUGAUGGCGAAAGACCAAACGCAAAAGAGCACGAACAUGAGGGUUGCCGGCUUCGCGACACGCGUAAAGGGGCCACGAAGGCAACCACCAGGAGGGCCACGCAAGGUGCAAAUCAAACGGAGCGGGCCAAGAGCGCAAAAGAUCAACAGAACCGGACCGCAGAAGAAUGGGUUUCUACCGGCGACGCUGGGCAGAUAUCGGGUUACACGGGCGCCACGGACGCCACAACGCAGGAUGGGCUCUGUACGAUUGACUGUUGUCAAGGAGGAACCUCAAUGA